CGCGUGAGCGAUGGUGAGCAGGCGGCGCCAGGUUUUUGAAUCAGAGGCACGUUUGAAGCUGUUUGGGUGGAAAAUGACAGUUUCUGCCACAGGUGAAUGAAUCGCUUCUGCUCAGCUCCGCUCGUGUCUUGAAGCAGUUUUCGAACUCUUUCCCGCACUGCCGCACCGUGACAAUGGAUCUCAAAGUCGAAACCGACGAGAUGGAGUCAAACCAACCUCCACCCAUAGAAGUUUUUGCGCACAGCUCGACCCUGCACGGGAUCUCUCACAUCUUCACGUACGAGCGCGUCUGCGUCAAGCGCUGCCUGUGGCUCGUCUUCUUCCUGGGCUCGCUGACCUUCUUGUUGUACGUGUGCGUGGACCGGAUCCACUUCUACCUCGAGUACCCGCACGUCACCAAGCUGGACGAGGUCACGACCCCGAUCAUGACCUUCCCCGCGGUCACUUUCUGCAACCUGAACGCGUUCCGCUUCAGCCGCGUGACGCGGAACGACCUGUACCACGCAGGAGAGCUGCUGGCCCUGCUCAACCAGAGGUACGAGAUCAGGGACAUCCACCUGGUGGAGGAGAGCGUUCUGGAGAGCCUCAAGGUCAAAGCCGACUUCCACAAUUUCAAGCCGCGACCCUUCAACAUGCGCGAGUUCUACGACCGCACCGGCCACGACAUCAACGAGAUGCUGCUGUCCUGCCACUUCCACGGCACCGAGUGCAGGGCGGAGGACUUCAAAGUGGUGUUCACUCGCUACGGGAAGUGUUACACGUUUAACGCCGGCGGUGACGGACAGCCUCCCCUCAUCACCACCAAGGGCGGGAUGGGUAACGGCCUGGAGCUCAUGCUGGACAUCCAGCAGGACGAAUACCUGCCCGUGUGGGGAGAGACAGAUGAGACGUCGUUCGAGGCCGGGGUCAAAGUUCAGAUCCACAGUCAGGAUGAGCCAUCGUUCAUCGACCAGCUCGGGUUUGGAGUGGCACCUGGGUUCCAAACCUUCGUCUCCUGCCAGGAACAGAGGCUGAUUUACCUCCCCCCGCCCUGGGGAGACUGUAAGGUGACGCCCAUGGACUCGGACUUCUUUGACAGCUACAGCAUCACGGCCUGUCGCAUCGACUGUGAAACGCGCUACCUGGUGGACAACUGCAACUGCCGCAUGGUGCACAUGCCCGGCGAUGCCCCCUACUGCACCCCAGAGCUGUACAAAGAAUGUGCUGACCCAGCUCUUGACUUCCUGGUGGAAAGAGAUAAUGACUUCUGUGUGUGUGAGACGCCGUGCAACAUGACCAGAUACAGCAAAGAACUGUCCUUCGUUAAGAUCCCCAGCAAGGCCUCGGCCAAGUAUCUGGCAAAGAAAUACAACAAAUCUGAGCAGUAUAUCAAAGAGAACAUCCUGGUGUUGGACAUCUUCUUUGAAGCUCUCAACUAUGAAACCAUUGAGCAGAAGAAAGCGUAUGAGGUGGCCGGACUUUUAGGUGAUAUUGGAGGUCAGAUGGGACUUUUUAUUGGGGCAAGCAUCCUGACUAUUCUGGAGCUGUUCGACUACCUUUACGAGGUGAUAAAAUACAAACUGUGUCGCUGCUCUGAUAAGAAGCACAAGCACAACAACAACAACGACCAGGGGACGGUGCUGAGCUUAGACGACGUCAAGUGCCACGUCAGUAACUUCCAUUAGGAGCUGGCAGCCGUGAGCGAGGAGCCGCUGCUCUGUUGUUUUUGAGCGGCCUUUGGACUUGUCUGCAGUCUUGUGGGAGCUGUGUGAACUGUGCCUGGUGCGGGUUUGUGAGCUGAGCUGAGCUGAGCUGAGCUGAGCUGGGGUGAACUCAGGCUCAACCGUGGAGUAAGUGGACGAGCUCAUGAUACGAUAAGACGGCGGAAACCAGUGAUCGACUUCUCGAGAAGAAAACAUUAGAAAAACUGCAUGGUCAUCUGUAAACACCUUUUCAAGACAAAGUAACAGAUACAGUGAAUAGGGGCAUGAACUAAACAAAGAAUCGUAUGUGUUGAGUAAAUCAUUGGAAAUAACCAGCCGUGUCUGUCGUCUCUCGGUUUC